AUGGUUAUUAAAGUAUGGGCAAACGUUACUCCUUCGUUAUCAAAGCCGGUGUUAAAUUGUAUCGAUAAACAGGGUUUUAAGACUUUGACUCCUAUACAGGCGGCUGUGAUUCCGCUUAUAUUAUCAUGUAAAGAUGUUGUGGCUGAGGCGGUAACAGGAUCCGGUAAAACCUUAGCAUUUGUUGUUCCUAUGUUAGAGAUGUUAAUAAAACGAGAAAAAGAGUCCCCUUUGAGGAAAGAUUUUGUCUAUGCUGUUGUUAUUUCUCCUACUAGAGAACUGGCUACUCAGAUUCAUAAGGUAAUUCAACAAUUUCUAGAAGAACCAGAACUAAAGCACAUAACUUUAUCUUUACUUGUUGGAGGAAGGCCUAUAGAAGUUGAUGCAGAGAGCAUGCAGAAAGGUGCUCACAUAGUUGUGUGUACUCCAGGUAGAUUUCAAGAUUUAUUGGCCGAGAGAAAACAUCUUAAUUUACCAGGAAGGCUUAAAGAUUUGGAUUUUUUAGUACUAGAUGAAGCUGACCGCUUAUUAGAUUUGGGUUUUACUGAAACUCUCACAACCAUUCUGCAAUAUUUGCCUAGGCAGAGACGCACUGGACUAUUUUCUGCGACACAAACUAAGGAACUCCAAGAUUUAGUCAGAGCAGGCUUAAGAAACCCUGUUUUAAUUAGUGUUAAGGAAAAGUCAUCCAUUAGCACACCACUAGCAUUGGAAAAUUACUAUGUAAUUGUAGAACCACAACACAAAUUCCUAUUUUUACUUAAUUUUAUUAGAAAUCGUAAAAUCUUAAAAGGACUGUUCUUUCUACCAACUUGUGCAUGUGUGGAUUACUGGGCGGAUGUUUUACCGGUUUUUGUGCCUGAUUUAAAAAUAUUUUCAAUACAUGGCAAGAUGAAGCAUAAGCGGGGUAAAAUUUUAGAAAAGUUUAGAGCUGCUGAGAGCACUAUUUUACUGUGCACAGACUUGUUGGCAAGAGGUCUGGACAUUCCAGAAGUAGAGUGGGUGCUUCAAUGGGAGCCCCCCACUAGCCCUGCGGCCCUGGUGCACAGGGUUGGGAGGACGGCCCGCGGCGGGGCGGCAGGGUGCUCCCUACUCCCACUGCUGCCUACGGAAGACAGCUAUGUUCAGUUUAUAAAGGCCAACCAAAAAGUGGAGUUGAAGGACUGGAGGGAGUCCACUGAUGAUAUUAAGAUUAGUCAGAAGUUGAAGGAGAAGGUCCUAACAUUGCUUCACGACCAACAAAAAAAGGACAGAGCAGUGUUAGACAAAGGACAGAGAGCCUUUGUCUCUCACAUACGAGCAUAUUCCAAACACGAGUGCAAUAUACUGCUGCAGUUAAAAGAACUACCUUUAGGCCAUAUAGCUACCAGCUAUGGCCUAUUAAAACUCCCAAUCAUGCCAGAAAUUAAAGAAGAACAUAAAAAGCAAUUUGUUGGGCCAACAGAUAAAAUAGAUUUUAACAGUAUACCAUAUAAGAACAAACAGAAGGAAACUAGCAGGUUACAGAAGUUAGAAGAAUAUAAGAAGACUGGGAUGUGGCCGUCCAAGAAGAAAAAGAAAAUGGUCAAAACUCAACCGUGGGAGCAAGCAAGUAAGAAUAAGCUAGAGAAGAAAGAAAAAAGGAAGAAGAGAAAAGAGUUGAAACAGAAGCAUCAAGAAGUAGGUAAAAAGGGGAAGAAGCGAAAAGCGGUGACGCAAGAAGAGCUAGACGAGUUGGCAGCAGAUGUCGCGUUGAUAAAGAAAUUAAAAAAGAGGAAAAUCUCUAGUGAACAGUUUGAUCAAGCAUUUGAUGUAGAUAAA